CAACAUCCAAGGGGUUGGGGAGCAACAUGGUGCUCAUGAGCCACUGGUAAGGGAUUACUGGUCUAGGGUCAAAGAAAUCUAAAUAAAAAAAUUCCUACUGCUGUUUGUGUGAUAUAAGGAAUUCCUUGCACAUCAGACUUGUGCUUUUUAUAUAAGAUAUAAGGCCAUAUAUUACCCUGCUCUCCAUUCAUGGGGGCCCUGUAAUAAGGGGUUUACUAUAGAGUUAUGUGAUGUAGAACUAAAUAAAGAGAUUAUUGUGUUACUUACAGCAAGAACUAUAGAAAUACAGCAGCUACCACAGUUAUGUAUUGACACAAAAUGAAUUUUCUGGGCAUAAAAAAGCCAUAAACCUAUACCUUAAAUGUUGGUUUAAGGAAAAAUAUUGGAAGAUGUCAAUUGUCACUAUAUAAGAGCAACAAUCAUGCAUUUGAGAGACUGUACUCACAUUCUCACUCAUCUUCAGGUAGAAUAUUCAGUUCCCUACCUGAUAUGUAAUUAAUUACUGAACUACCUGACCAAUCAGGGCACUGGAAAAUCAGAUACUUUUAUUUUACACUGACACCUUUGGCAGCUCAUUGUCUUAAGACUAUAGCUUCCCACUGACAAUGCCUUAAGGUGGCUAUACACUGGGCAAUUCUUCACAGCACACAACUGGAUGAAUACCAUACAAGUGGCUGUACAUCAGAGUGGCAUCUUUCCAUUGUCCUGUCUAACUACUCUGCAGGAAGUGGCUGCAGCUCUGCUUCAUUUCCUUAGCAACGGCCCACCACCCAGCCACAGCUGCCCCCCUGCACACCCUUACUCCACUUUGCUCCACUUCUCUACUUACUUCAUUGUUAAUUAGGCCACACGGCCAGGGGGAAAAAAAAUCAGCGAUGGCCAUGCAAUCCACGUUGGAAAGCACUGCCAUCUUUAAUUUUGUUGCUCGCUGGUGGCUGGCUUGAGGGCAGGUGACAGAGCCCAACAGGGUUGGGGCCCACCAGGAUUUUUGCUGAUGUCCCGGUGGGCCAGACUGACCCAAUGCAGAUUCAGAUCACGGUCACAUCAAGUUGCCUAUGAAUUGUUAUUCUUAAAUAUUCAGAUAUUGGAAGUGUAUAAAGCAUUCCACUGCAUCAUUAAUGUACUGUAUAUAUAAAGCUAAUAGCCUAACACAAAGGUUCUAGCCAUUUUACUCACUGUAUAACAUAAUAAUUACCAGCCAUAUUCAUAAUCAUCAAGUUUCAUUGUGGACACAGCACACUGUUUUACACUAGAAAACACACAUCUAUCUAUCUAUCUAUCUGUCUAUCUAUCUAUCUAUCUAUCUAUCUAUUCAUAAGAUCAUUAUUCCUGUUUCAUAUCACUACACCCAUGCAACCCAAUACAGCAGCAGUCACAGGAAACUUCUCAGAAGUAAAAGGGAAACUUUUGAAAGAAUAUACGUAAGUUCUUCUCCAAAAAAAAACUCCCUGUAACCAGGCACGUGCAUUGGCUGAUUAACUCUGCUUACAUCUGCUUUUUCUUUGUAAUACAAACAUCUAUGAUUGCCACAAGGGGGAGGGAUUUACCUCUAUUUAACAGGGAAACAUUACAUCAAUGCAAGUAGAGAUGGAGAAAUCGUAAUGAAAACAGUAUUUGCCUUCCUUGUAUUAAGUUCCCAGGAUCACAGGAUUAAUAUGAUCAGCAAAGCUACUUGAAUAUCUAUAUCUAUCUAUAUAACAAUAUUUUUAUACCAAAUAGGACAAUAGGAGACAGUUGAAUCGCCACAGGAUUCUGAUAAUCUUGUGGACAGUUUAUCAUUCACUGUUGCGUGCUUACAGUAAUUUUCAGACAGAUUGUGUAGAUCCUCAUUGUAGACAAAGCUAUGUCUUUUGGGAAAUGACGCACACAGAGCACACAACUAAGUGGAAGUGCCGUUGAAUAUCUUGUCUGACUUGCUAUAAAUUCAGACUCCACCUACAGUACAUUUGCAGUGUGUUUGUGAAACUCUGCCUGAUGACUGAUUGUUUAACUCAAUGAAAACAAAUCAUCAUAACUGCGAAUGGAUACAAACAUCAUCAUUUUAUUUUCUUGACCAAUAUCUAAAACCAUGGUUAUGGUACGGACUUGGAUUGAGCCAGUAGUGGCUGGUGCCCAGGUUGCCAGCUCUUUCUAUGACACUGGGCUUCUGAUGACAGUGAAGAAUUACUAUAACCAAACCAUCAAUUCAUCUAAUAUCUCCAGUGAUGAAGCACUUCAAAAAGCCAUCUCCAACUUCUACAUCGUCUACAAUUCGAUUAUGGGGUUGGGACCGUUGCUGUCUGCCUAUUUCCUGGCAAAAAUUAGUGACAAAAUCAACAGGAAGAUCACUAUCUGUGUCCCAUUGACUGGGUACCUAAUAUCCAGGAUGUUUCUCCUUUUUGUGAUUCUGUGGGAUUGGCCUAUAGAAGUGAUGUUUGGUUCUGCAGCUUUAAAUGGUUUGACUGGCUGGUUUACUGCCUAUUGGGCCGGAGUAAUGGCUUGGGCAUCACUGGCAUCUACAGAGAGCAAACGCUCUAUAAAACUUAUUAUCAUUGAGCUUGUGUAUGGAUUGGCUGGUUUUGCUGGAAGUUUGGCAUCAGGACAUAUAUUUGUACAUAUAAACAUAAAUCACCAUCAAGGUGCUAUCCUUGCCUCCUGUAGCCUAGGCUGUUAUGUCUUUUGUGUCUUGUAUAGCACUUUUGUUUUAAAAAUACCCAGUCCUGAAACAGGUUGCAUAGAAACAAAUGAAGGUACCACUAUCAACGAGACAAAAAAAGAAGACUCUGAAUAUACAGAGAGGAGCAGACUGUUGGGUGAUAAGUCACUUCAAACUCUUAAUCAGCCUCAUCAGAGAACUACUAAGUUCAUUCUUAUAAGUAUAUUUAUAAGUGUAAUUUUAUAUAAUAUAGCUGCAGGUGGAGCUGAAGAUGUGAUCAAUGUAUUUGUACUGAAAAAACCCUUGAGCUGGGGACCAGUUGAUGUUGGCUAUGGAAAUGCCGCAACCUACAUAAACUAUAUCACAAGUUUCCUUGGGGUUUAUGUUUUCUCCAUGUGUGUUGGUGAUCUGGGCUUGAUCAUUAUAGGAAUGAUCUCAUUCAGCUGUGGGAUUCUGAUCAUGGCUUUCGUACAGUGGACAUACCUGUAUUAUGUUGCCCGGGCUGUGAUGAUGUUCUCCCUCAUCCCAACGCCAAUUAUAAGGUCAUUGAUUUCCAAACAUGUUCAGGAAUCCUUAUAUGGCAAAGUCUUUGCUGUGCUACAGCUGGCUAUAGGAGUUGUGUAUGUGAGUUCUUCAGCAGGACUGAAUAAAUUGUACCAGGCCACAUUAGAUUGGUACAGUGGCUUCUGUUUCCUACUAUUUUCCACUUUGGGAUUUCUCAGCGCCAUUCCUGUGAUUAUUGCAGCCUGCAAGCAACACCAGGAACGUGCCGCCAGCCAAUAACAAAAGAAAUGAAUGAAAAAGCAAUCCUGAUCAUUAUUUUAUAUAUCCUCUUUUUCCCUUUCCACUUUAGCGGGGAAGAGUGGUACUGUAUAUUUAUUAAAAGGCAAAUUUAUUGAUAGGAACAAGCACUUUUCCAGAUGGAUUAGUGUGGAAGGUAAAUGUGCAUUUGCCUUUUAAUAUGAUCACUAAUAAACCAGUUUGGGUUCCCGAGCUUUAAAUUUUAGAGAGUGCUAUUCUAA